AUGACUACCACUCAUCUAGUAUUUGGGUUCCACCCCGGAGUCAAUGACUACAAGGUAGUGAGGAUUAAACGCCACAGAAUUCGAUACCCAGCCGCCGAGGUUUAUAGUCUAAGCACGGGCUCUUGGAGAAGAAUUGAUGUUGCCCUUGACCCUUCAUAUGAUUUUAUUUGUCAUAGGCCUGCAAUCUUGAAUGGAGCUGCAUAUUGGGUUGCAAGUAAGAAAACUAUUGAGGGUAUUUGUCGUUUUCUUGUGCGUUUUGAAAUGGGUGAUGAAGUUUUUGAAGAGUUAAUGCUGCCAGAUGGUGCUAGACAUUGUUAUCCUUACAAUAUUGCAGUUUUGGGGGAGUCACUGUAUCUUUUCGGACAUUUUCCUUGGAUUGAGUGCUGUGGCAUAUGGACAAUGGAGGGUGGCAAAAUGGGUUCUUGGACAAAACGAUUUACUUUUAAUUUCAGGGACACACAUGAGAGUUUGCUGUGCAUGAGAAAGAGCGGUGAACUGCUACAUUCUAACCACGCGGACCAUCUGCUAUCUUAUAAUUUUGAGACCCAAAGAACUAAGGAUCUAGGUUACCAUGGAUUGAUGAUAUCAUAUUCUUAUGUCGAGAGUUUGAUUCAACUUGAUGGUGCAGAGACUCUUUUCCCACUCGAUAAUGGAAAUCCGGCACCAUGUGAAUUAGCUAGACAAAGAAGAAAAAGAAAGAAGAAUGCAUAA